CGCAUUGUACUUACUCCAAAAAUUUCACUUGUGUUCAGGUCGAUCUAGAGAAUUUAUUUUUUCUGAAAUCUUUUUUAUUUUUUUGAUUAGUUUCGAAACGCAAUCAAGAGUCGGAAGUUGAGACUUGUGUCUGUUGCUAUUUUACUCAUUCUCAUCAUCAUUGUCUCCUUUGGAAUUCCCCAAAUAAGAACAAAUACAAUUUAUAGGUUACGACGUAUUUUUUCAGUUUGUCGCAGUACGAUUUAACAGACGUUUUGUUAAGUAGUUUAGUGCAAAGAUGCUGAGGAAAAUUUUAAUUUUGCUUUGUUCGGCUGCAAUACUUGUAUCAGCUGUAAAUGAAGCCGUUGGAGAAAAUAAUCCUAGUUCGCAUUCUCAGUCUGAAGAGUCAAAACAUAAAACAACUUCAACUUCGACAACUUCAACCACUACUAUAACGCCUACGACUAUUUCAACUAUUCCUACUAAAACUACAAAAGCAACUACAACAACAACAACAACGACGACUACAACAACAACAACAACAACUACGCCGGCAACAACAACAACCACUGCAAAAACUACAACCAGUGGUCCAACAACAACAACUCCAGUUCCAGUUCCUACGGAUAAAAAAUGGUUUCUCAAUGGAACAAAUGAAACUUGUAUUGUUGUUCAAAUGGCCGCUCAAUUUGAAAUCACAUAUUCCUUAAAUAAAACGCAUAAAUUGACGCAAAAAUUGAAUUUACCAACAAAUAAUGUUGCUGUAAAUGGAAGUUGUGGCGAUAAAGAGCAAACUAUUAUUCUUUCAUGGAAUACGACAAUGGGAUCAAGUAACGAUUCUUUUACACUUCAUUUUAAAAAAAAUGAAAAGAAAUAUACUCUUCAUCAUAUGGAACUUGUUAUUUUACCACAAGAAUUACCAAAAUAUAAUUCUACAUCAAAUCAAACUUUAAAAUUCGUACACGAGACUGAUGAAAUACCAACUGUAUUAGGCAAUUCAUAUCGUUGUAUGAAAGAGACAAGUUUUAAAAUGACCAUGUCGGAAACGAAUGAUACAUCAGCUAUUGUCAAAAUAAAUGAUGUUCAAUUCCAAGCUUUUAAAUCUGAGAAGAACACUGAUUUCGGCCUUGCUGAAGACUGUGCAUUUGAUACACCAGACGUGGUGCCAAUUGCUGUUGGUUGUGCCCUUGCAGCAUUAGUUGUAAUCGUAUUGGUCGCUUAUUUGAUAGGCCGUCGACGUGCCCAAGCACGUGGCUAUCUCAGCAUGUAAAUUUCAAAAAAAAAAAGAAGUCUCUUUAGAUUUUUAUAUUUACUAAUUAUUAAAGUAAAUCAAUUAUUCUGCCUAAAAAGUUCAACUUUACCAAAAGGCGUUACUUUUGUUAAGAAAUAAUUUUUUUUUUGAGAUUCAUUUUAUACGAGAGUACUAAUUCUGUUUUUUUUCUUUUUUUUUUUUAAGUGCUCAUUCCAUAAUUUGUACUAUUGAUUAUAUAUAUAUAUAAAUAUUAGAAGUCGGAAAUCCACGUGAGUUUUGUGGAUUGAUUAGUCAUACGUAGAGAGCUGACGGCUAGUGAAAAUUCAUCCCACUUUUCUCGUAUUUUGAAUUUGUUGUAAUUUUUGACAAAUUGUAGAAAAAAAAAAAUAUUUAUAACUAUUUUUGUAAAUUGAAAUUGAUUUUUGUGUGAAUACUUUCGUAAAUUCGCUAAUUGACUAAUCAUUAAUUAUUUCUUUAAAUUUUCCAUCUGUGCAAUUUUGAAAAUUAUCUAUUUUUUUUUAAAUAAACGUGACAUUUCAAAAUACGAAUUGUCAAAAGGGGGUUUUGAAUAAAUACGUAAGAUGUAUUACCAGUAUAGAGAACAGAUAUAAAGGAAGCAGGAAUGUUGGAAGGGAAAAAAAAAAACACUCGUGAAUUUCUAAUAUUUCCUUUCCUGAGAUUUUUAUCUUCGUAUUUUCGUUCGUGAAGUUUGUAACGUCUUUUGAUUCAUUCAAAAAUUGUAAAUUCGUGUAUGAUUUAAUCAUAAAAAAUUGCAUAGGUAUAGAUAUAUAUUUUUUUUUUUAAAUACAAAUUUGGACGAUCUUUUUUUUUGAGCAUUUUUGUUAAGCAUUUUUUGUUCUGUUAAAUUUUUUUCCUUUUUUUUUUUUAGAAAAACAUUGCUUUUUCUCUGUAUUUCCGGGUUGAUCAUAAUUCACUUGAUUCAAUAGUCUGUCGAAAUCAAUUUGACUUGUGAUAUCUCGUGUUAGUAGAGUAGGAAUUUUAAUUAAUUGCCCAGUGUGUGGCUUUUUGAUUCAAUUGAAAUGUGAUAAACUAAUUAUUAUUUUUUGUCCUGUUUUUUUUUUUUGUAAGUAUAUAACCAGUUGUUAAAUAAGACUGACUGAAUCGAGCGAAUGAAAGUCAUCCACGGCCAAAUGUGGACGGUAAACUUUGCGUAAAAAUAUGUACAUAUAUAUUGAAAAAUAAUAUUAAAAUGAUAAACAAAAAAACAAACAGACUCUACUUUUCAAUUAAAAAAAUAAUAAUAAUAAUAAUGUGUCAUAUUUGUGAAGUUACAACAAAAUAUCAUUGUAAGAAUCAGAAAUUCUUUAUAUUUCCUGUAUUCCGCGUAAUAUUAUGGCAAUAAAUAAUUGGAAAGUCAAA